AUGGAAAAGAAGAGGGAUUCCUUCUUUUUGCCAAAUAAGAAUCAGAAGAAUAAAAAUCAAGGAGAGAGACCAAAUAAGAAUGAGAAGAAAAAAUUUGAGAAGACAGAUGGGGAAUCAUCAAAAACAACGAAAAGACAGAACAGUUUCGAUAACAAUAGACCAGACCUUAAUGAACCAUCAGAAAAUGGCAAGAAGCCAUUUGAUAAGAAAACUUAUAGAUUGAAAAAAUACAGUAAGAAAUACAAGCUUGAGCAAUGGGAGGAGCAGAGGAAAAAGAGAUUGCUACAUGAAUACCAAAAGACCAUGAAAAACGAUGCUAUGGAAGGAACAUACAAACCGAAAACAUUUGAUGAAGAUGUCCCAGAUUCUAGUGAAGUUGGAAGAUUCGUCCGACACCCAGAUUUAAUAGAGAAAGAUGUGCAAAACGAUGAGAAACCUAAAAAGGUGUCUUUUGCAAAAGCAAAGGAGCAGUUUAAAAAGGUGAAGGAGGAUAAAUUGCUGAAGCAGCAGGAAAAAGAGAAAGCUAGAGAGGAGAAAAUGCAGAAGUUGCAAGAGUAUAAAAAGAAGAAACAAGAGAGAUUUAAGAAGUUGAGCAAGAAAACGAAAAAAGGACAGCCGGUCAUGUCUGGAAGAAUGGAAUUACUCUUGGAAAAGAUUAAAGGGAACUAA